AUGGGUAGUCGAGAUAAUCUUCCAAGAGUUGCUGAUGCUGAACGAGAAGCACAGUAUGGUUAUGUCUUCGGUGUUUCUGGUCCAGUCGUCAUUGCCAAUCAUAUGGCUGGUUCAGCAAUUAACGAGCUGGUUCGAGUCGGUCAUGAAGAACUGGUCGGCGAAAUCAUUCGUCUAGAAAAUGAUUUAGCGACAAUUCAAGUCUAUGAAGAAACAUCCGGUGUUACGGUUGGUGAUCCAGUUUUACGAACUGGUAAGCCAUUAUCGGUUGAACUUGGUCCUGGCAUCAUGACAAGUAUUUUCGAUGGUAUUCAACGACCAUUGGAAGUUAUUUAUGAUCAUACUAAGAGCAUUUAUAUUCCACGUGGUAUCAACGUACCAGCGUUAAAGCGUUCAACUUCAUGGCAUUUUACUCCAGAUAAUCGUCUUCGAGUUGGAGGUCAUAUAACUGGUGGUGAUAUCUUUGGUACUGUACCAGAAAACCAAAUGAUCAUACAUAAAAUUAUGCUUCAUCCAAAAGCGAAAGGUACAAUUACCUAUAUCGCACCAGAUGGCAAUUAUACCUUGGAUGAUGUCGUUCUGGAAACAGAAUUCGAUGGCGAAAAAACUAAACAUACCAUGUUACAAAUCUGGCCUGUACGACAAAUGCGACCAGUCGCAGAAAAACUUGCUGCUAAUCAUCCAUUGCUAACUGGUCAACGUGUUUUAGAUGCAUUAUUUCCAUGUGUCCAAGGUGGUACAACAGCUAUUCCAGGUGCCUUUGGCUGUGGCAAAACUGUUAUUUCACAAUCAUUAUCGAAGUUUUCUAAUAGUGACGCUAUUGUUUACGUUGGAUGUGGUGAACGUGGAAAUGAGAUGGCUGAAGUCUUACGUGAUUUUCCUCAAUUGAAAAUGGAAGUUAACGGUAAAGAAGUAUCUAUUAUGGAACGAACAACUUUGGUUGCAAAUACUUCCAAUAUGCCUGUCGCUGCUCGUGAAGCUUCUAUUUAUACAGGUAUUACUCUAUCGGAAUAUUUUCGUGAUAUGGGUUACAAUGUUGCUAUGAUGGCUGAUUCAACUUCACGUUGGGCCGAAGCUUUACGUGAAAUCUCAGGUCGCUUAGCUGAAAUGCCUGCUGAUUCGGGUUAUCCAGCUUACUUAGGUACUCGAUUAGCUUCGUUCUAUGAACGUGCUGGUCGUGUCCGAUGUUUGGGUAAUCCAGAACGUGAAGGUUCAGUCAGCAUUGUCGGAGCUGUCUCUCCACCCGGUGGUGAUUUCGCUGAUCCAGUCACAGCUGCAACAUUAAGUAUUGUUCAAGUCUUUUGGGGUUUAGAUAAAAAAUUAGCACAACGUAAACAUUUCCCAUCGGUUAACUGGCUUAUUUCAUAUAGUAAAUACACACGUGCACUUGACGAUUAUUAUGACAAACACUUUCCGGAAUUCGUGCCAUUACGUGCCAAGUGUAAAGAAAUUUUACAAGAAGAAGAAGAUCUUUCGGAUAUCGUUCAGCUCGUUGGUAAAGCUUCUUUAGCUGAAACAGACAAAAUAACACUCGAAGUGGCUCGUAUAAUCAAAGAUGAUUUUCUUCAACAAAACGGCUACUCAUCGCAUGACAAAUAUUGUCCAUUCUAUAAAUGCGUUUUAAUGCUUCGUAAUAUGAUUUCGUUCUAUGAUUUGGCUCGUCAUGCUGUCGAAACAACAGCUCAAUCAGAAAAGAAAAUAACAUGGAAUGACAUUCGUACAAAUCUUAAUGAUAUUCUCUAUGAAUUAACAAGCAUGAAGUUCAAGGAUCCAACGAAAGAUUCCGAAGAUAAGAUUAAACGUGAUCUUGAUGAUCUUAACGAACGUAUGCAAGCCGCAUUCCGAGAUAUGGAAGAAAAUUAA